UUACUUGUCAUCAAAGUGAGUGACAGUGUCACAGUAAGUAAAGUAACUAAAACACGGAGGGUGGAAAAUGGACGUUGAGAUGCAAGUGCAUUUCUACUAAAUAUUUAAAAUAUUUUACUAAUGUGACAUUUAAAUGUUGUUUUAAAAUAUUUACGAAUUGGCAGACAUCACACAAAACAGGCAUCAUAUAAAAUGCAGGGUGACGACCCACCGUUCUUGCCAGUGGGUACAGAUGUUAGUGCAAAGUAUAAAGGUGCAUUCUGUGAAGCUAAGAUAAAGAAAGUUGUAAGGAAUAUUAAGUGCAAGGUAACAUUAAAAGCAGGUGGUGGUACAAUCACAGUGAACGAUGAUGUGAUCAAAGGUACUCUGCGUGUUGGGAACAUUGUGGAGGUGAAGCAGGACCCCAAGAAGGACCCAAUGGAAGCUGUCAUCACUAAGAUACAAGACUGUAGCCAGUAUACUGUUGUAUUUGACGACGGCGACAUAACAACGCUACGACGUUCAGCAUUGUGUCUGAAGAGUGGGCGGCACUUCAACGAAAGCGAGACUUUGGACCAAUUACCCCUCACGCAUCCGGAACACUUCUCUACGCCUGUGAUAGCGGGCCGGAGGGGGAGGCGCGGGAGAGCACAGUCGGAUGAAAGCGAAGGCUCCGGUUCUGGGCGCCGCGUGAAGGCCGACGUGGAGCCGCACGUGGGGCGCGUGGUGCUGGUGGAGGCGGGCGGCGGGGCGGAGCGGCGCCGCCCCCACCAGCCCGCCUUCCCCGCCCUCGUUGUCGCGCCCACUGCGCAGAUCAAAGUCAAGGAGGAUUACCUUGUGCGCUCCUUCAAGGAUGGCAGAUAUUACACAGUCCCGAAGAAGGAAGCUCGCGAGUUCCGCAAAGGCAGCGCCCCACUGGAGUGGGCGGGCGUGGAGGCGGCGCUACAGUACUUGAACAACGCCGUGCUGCCGCCACACUGGGAUAGGGACGCGCUCUUCAAUGAGCCUAGGAACACUUCUGAUGAUAGUUCGGAUGACGAGCCUCGUGAAGAAAAGGACCAUUUCGUGGCGCAAUUGUACAAAUUCAUGGACGAGCGAGGGACACCUCUCAAUAGGAACCCCACGAUCGCCAACAAGGAUAUAGACUUGUACAGAUUGUUCAAAGUUGUGGAGAAGCUGGGCGGCUACAACAGAGUGACAAAUCAAAAUCAAUGGAAGACCAUCGCUGAUAAAAUGGGCUUCCAUCCAGUAACCACAAGCAUCACAAACCUAUGUAAACAAGCAUACAAGAAGUUCCUGCACAGCUACGAGGACUUCUACCGCAAGCUGGGCGUGACGCUGGUGGCGCACCCGCGCGGCGCCCGCACCCCCCCCGCCGGCCGCUCCCUCAUCCGCGACCGCGACCGCCAGCCGCCCGCCUCCUCCUCCGCGUCCAGCUGCUCCACGCCCACGCCGCCCGCGCACUCCGCGCUACAGCGUGGCAAGGACAAGGAUUCAGACAAAAGUGAGACGGACAAGAGCGAGAAGAGUGAAAAAGACGAGAAGCCGGAGAAGUCAGAGAAAUCGAAAGAGAAGGCGCCGCGCAUCAGCGACGGAGAGGAUAGCGCCGACAACCAGCCACUCAUCAUUACCGCACCCAAGGUGGAGAAAGAAAAAGAAAGGGAGAAGGAAAAAGAAAAAGAGCGAGAGAAAGAGAAGGAACGCGAAAAGGAGAAGGAAAGAGAAAGAGAGAAGGAGAAAGAGAAAGAAAAGGAAAAGGAGAAAGAGAAGGAUAAGGACAAGGAAAAAGACAAGAGUUCAGCAUCGACCAGCACGAGCGAGGAGAAAGAGAAAGUGGUGUUGAAGCCUAGAUCUCAGUCGAAAGGCCGCACUAUCACGCCUGUUAGGAGCGACGGACACGACAAGCGUACGCCCAAGAGACGCCCCCUGUCUUCCAAGAGUGAAGGUAUGAGUGCGGGCACAUCACGGGCGUCUCGGCGGCCGCACGCGUCUACUGACAGCGACAGCUCGGGACGAGCUUCCAGAUGUGGACCUAUAAAGAAAAUGCAGAGUCGCCGCAGCCAAAGCGCCAACUCAGCGAGUAGCGGCAACACUAUUGCUUCUAACAGCAGCAAACGACCACGCAAGAGGAAGAACACAGAGCCAUCAACAAAUGAACCGACACCGCGAUCUGGAGUAUCGAACGUGAAGGCUCAAGUGGGCGACAAGCUGAAAGUGUAUUAUGGACCUACCCAGUCCGAAUCCAAGGUAAAAGUAACAUACGAAGCUAAAGUGAUAGACAAGUCAGCGACGGGCGACCUGUUACGAGUACACUAUACCGGCUGGAACACGCGGUACGACGAGUGGAUCAAACCGCAGCGGAUCGCGCUCAAUGUUACACAGCAUGAGCAGAGGAAUAAGAAGGGAUCUGGCAUGAGUAGGCGUGUUCGUAGCAAGAGGACAGAAGAGUCAUCAGCACGAUCAGAUACGGACAGCGAUUCAGAAAGCGAUGACGAUGUCAAGAGGCCGCCUAAGAAGUCAGACGAUAAAUCGAGUUCAAAAACUCCUUCAAGAUCUAAAGACGUUAAAUCCAGUGACAGCAGUAGUUCAAGCAAGCCCCGCAAGAGGCCAGUGCGAACAGUGUCGACGCCCACUUCGAUCUCUCCGCCUAAGAAGACGCGGCCCAACGCCGGCGGACACCAGGGCCGAGACUACGACCUUAACGAGAUACGCUCCGAGCUCAAAGGCCUUCACACCGUCAAACAGGAGCCUGAUGACGCCGUCAAACAGGAGGGCACCGACAAGGAUAACACCCCCCCUUCACAGCCAAGCGCCCCUCCCCCAGAACCAAUGCAACAAGACAAACAAGCUGAGGACGUGUACGAGUUCAAAGAACCCGAGCCCUUCGAACUGGAACUACAUGAUGAAAAGAAAAAGCGAACACAUCGGAUAUUCGACGAUAUUUCGCCAAGCAAAUAUACGUCUACUUUGUCCAAGUCGUUGAGUGAGGAAAUUUCAGAGGAUCCUAUGCGACCGCGGCCGUCUUCUCUAAGGUCUCCUUCCUUGUCGCCAUUUAGAGAUUUCGUAGCAAGUCGGGACGCUGGUCGCCAGAGUCCUGAAGAUGACUCUAAGGACGGACUGUUCUCACUAGACGAUGACUCAUUCCCAGGCGAUGGUAGUUCAGGACCCACUUUUGAAGGUUUCACUCCAGCCAAGAAUCAAGAAACAUAUUCUAAAAAGAGCAAGGUGUCUAAGCUGAGAGAACUCAUUGAUGACUCUCCAGAUAGUCCAGCAGAUGAUGAACAGUCUUCUGAUGAUGAACCAGAAGACAUACCCAUGAAAGUGGAAGUAAGAGCACCGACUCCAGUAUUACCAGUUGUUGAAGAAGUUAAAAGCCCUCCAACUCCUCUUAAAGACGAACCAAUAGAGCCAGAACCAGAGUUAAUUGUUAAAGAGAUAGUCGAAGUGAAGGAAACGCUUAAAGAGGACAUUCCUGAGCCGCCUAAAACGCCGCCACCUCAGAAGAAACCUGAGUCUCCACCUGCAAAAGCGAAUAUACAAUCUACUAGCAACACUUCAAUUGCUACGCCAAGCAUUACAGUCACAGUGGCAACCACUUCAGAACAUAAAGCAGAAACCCCUGAGAAGACAAACAAAGAAGAACCCUUAAGAAUUCUCUCGGUUGCUAUUCCCAUCCUAGAACAUAAAGAAAAUACACUCAAGCUUAAAAUUGAUAAGAAAUUGGAUCCUGUGCCAGUAGACCCUGCAAUUCUGAAGAUGCAGCCUCCUUCGAGCCCUUUGAUCGACACCGAGGAAGACAAAUCGGAACCGGACAGUCCCGCUAGAAUCGACGUACUGCCGGAGCCGCCACCAGGGUUCCUGCUACAAUCUGAAGGCCCUAAGAUAGCAGAAAAACUGCUCAAAGCCAUCAGUAGCGCUAAGAGACUGUCUAUGUCUCCUCCGCCCAUGGAAGACCGCCCCAUCACGCCUAAGACAGAUACCAUCAAGCCGAUCAAAUUGGAAAGUAAACUGUCGCCCAUAUCUCCCGAGACGAAACCUGUCAAAUUAGAACCAAUCAAACCUUUAGCGAAGACUGAGGUAGCAAAGAAGGUGACGCCAGACAGUACAGAUACCAUAUUUGGUGAACCUUCUAACUUGUUGGAUGUGAAGCGUGAUAUUCUUGACGUGAAGAAAACUAAGCCGGAGGAGAUCGUGGUGCCUCGGUUGCAGAGUCCGCUGAACAUUCUAGAGCGACGUAAGAGCGUGGCGGAGCUGCCGCUGAGCGUACCCGGCAAGAACAACAAGGUGCUGAGCGACACUAUACAGAAGCUGUCCAGCCAGAUCAAUCAGUCGGCUGCAGCUGUGGCCGCCACCGUGCCGCUUCCCUUUCCCAGUGACGAACGUACCGACUCCAGUGAUUCUGAUGAUUCCGAUAGGAGGUUAAUAAUAGACAAGCUCGUGGUGGACGAGUGGGGCAGCGGGGGCCGGUCGCCGGUGUCGGCGCCGACGCCCUCAUUAGGUUCUCUGGGCGCCCUAGCGGCGGGGGCUAGCGCGGUGAGCGCGGGGCUCGCAGUGGGGGCGCGGGCGCUGCACGCGGGCAAGUCGCCGGGCGAGUGGAGCGCGGGCGAGUCGCUGCUCAUGCUCGAAGACGCCUGCAAGAACGAGCGCAAGCACAGCGCAAGCGUAGUCGUAGCAGGCGGACCGCGGGAAUCGCUAUCAAUGCGGGAAGGGCGGGAGGGGAGGGAGACGCGGGAAGCGCGGGACGAGGACGGCAACAUCUCGCUGCUGCUGUGCGAGGAGACCAUCCCCGGGUCGCCGGCGCCCGACGCCGAGCCCGCGCCGCCCCGCCAGCGCCUGCACAUGCCCUUCGCGUCCGCGCCGCCGCAUCAACAUACCAAAGAGGAGCGGCGCGCUGGAGCAGGAGGAGCUCCAAACCCUGGCGGUCAGGGCGGGGCGGGAGGGAGUGGCGGCGGGGGCGGGGCGGGGGCUGCGGAGGGCGGGGCGCGGGAGGCGUGGCCUCGCGGCCGAGCGCUCGUCGACAACACGCCGCCUACAACGCCGGACAGCAGUCUUGAUUUGUCACCGCCGCAUAGAGAGCGUCGGAUAUCGGAACGAGACAGUCCUUCGGAACGCAAAGAGGAUGAACACGAAGGCAGAGGUAACGACGCUGCUGGUAUGGACGUCGAGAAACCUCAUGCGGGCGGGCGGUCUCGCAAGGCGUCGGAGAGCUCGGCGGCGGGCUCGCGGCACCGCACGCGCCGGACGCGACGCGACACGGACGACGCGUCGCAUCUACAUCCGCCGCAUCACACGCACCACUCGCAUCACCAUCCGCCGCUCAAGUACAACUUCUAUGUCGAGCUGGAUCCUUCAUGGGACUGUCACACGCGCAUCAACGUGCUGACGUCCCGGCUCGCAGACUUACGCAAGGCGUAUCACUCUGUGAAGGCAGAGCUCGCAGCUAUAGACCGUCGACGCAAGAAGUUACGGAGGAAGGAGAGGGAAGCUGUGAAGGCUGCAAAAGCCGCCUGCUCCUGAUGAUAAUGUGCAAAAACUGUGCAACGUGAAAGUAUAACCGGAGUUUGUUCGUUUUAGAAUAAACAGACGUUGGUCGUAGUGCGUAACUGAGUAUACUUUGUAGUGAAGUUACUAGUUUAGUACAUAAAAGGAUUUAUCUCGAAUGUCUAUAUGAAGUUUAUGAUAAAUUGUCGUCGUUUAAAUGGCAUUUACAUAUUUAUAAGGACCAUCAAGUUUCAUAGAUGUGUGUAAAUAGAAGAGUCGUCAAUUUAUUUCAAUACAAUUGUAUUUGUGAUCCCUUAGCGAUAUAGAUGUUGGAGUCUUCUCACGUAUAAAUAUGUAUAUUUAGCGCUGCUAUAAGUAGCGACAUGAUAUUCUAUACUCUUACAAACAGGCUAUUUAGUUUGGAAUUUCUGUAAUAUAGCACUCUCAGAAAAUAUAGUACAUCUAAGGCUUCUACCAAGAUAAUGUUGUUUUAUUUUUAUGCGAUUGCGAUUGCUACCUUGCUUAUGUUGAUGAUAGGCGUUGCAAUUCCCGUGUACAAAAAAACUUAUAAUCAGAUUGUACAUACAUAGCGUGUCUAUCGUAAUUUCUUUAUAUACUUCGUGACUAUGAAAUGAAAUGGAAUGCAAAUAUUAUUGAAGACUGAUGGAUCGUCGAAAUAAUAAUAUGUUGGAUUGUGAAGAUAAAAUUUAUUUCUUAAAAAUAUGUAUAUGAAAUGUCUGUUUGUUAUUAUGUUAACGCGAAUAAACAUUUUCUUACAAAUCGUA